AUGUCCAUCUACCGCACCUCUGCUGUUGCUCAUACGCAGGCAAUGCUUGGACUCCCCAACCCAGAUGGAACCAAGCCACCGCAUGUUGACAAAAUCAUAGCAAGCGUGGAUGUGGAAGAUUUGUCAUGCAACCGCAACUGGCCGAUACUAGAAGUAGGAAUCGCUCGACUUGAUACACGUAACGUAUAUAAUCUUGACCCUGAAACUCACGACGAUUUAGAAUAUUUAAAGCACAUUGAAGCAUAUCAUUUCCGCUUCCAGGAAGUGUACCAUAUGCGCAACACCGCCCGCUGGCUGAGUGCGGACUAUGACCGAGCCGACAGGUUUUUGUAUGGAAAAUCGGAAAUAAUUACCCGGGAGCAGCUCCAAUCCGUGAUCUCACAACUUUUGCAUGUCCAGGAUACACAAAACCAGGGUGCUUACCGCGACGUGCACAUGAUCACCCAAGGUGGCACCCACGACUUGACGAAUCUGGGUAAAUUUGCAAAACCAAAAUUCAACUUUACAGAGGUUGUACCGAACAUGACCCUCGAAGAACUCCAGAUAACGGCGAGGAAUGCAUCAAUGUCAAUUUUUGCCGCAUGCAACGGACAACGACCAAGUAUUGAAAAGAUAACACGCGGCGUUGGCCUUGAAUGCCUGCUGCUCCACAAUGCAGGAAAUGAUGCGGUCACACAGUUAGCUUGCAACAUUAAACUGGCACUCCAGGAAUAUCGAGAGCGAACUACCUUAUCCGAACAGCAAGAGGAGGCCGAAAUGUCUCAAAACGACGAAUCACAAAAUGCGAAGGGCUUGGCCGGUCAGGCACAUAGUGAAGGAUAUGCUCUUUUCAAGCCCAACUUUUAUCACCUGCUGGAAGACGAAGCUGACUUAGUAAAGGACGAUAGUUCCUCAAAUGCAGAGCUGCAGGAUGACUCCAAGCAACAGGAAGAUGACGCUCUACGGCUGAUGUAUAAGCUCAGUGGUUAUCUGAAGGAUAUGCCAUCGCAACCCAUCGUCGGGUGGAUUGUGACUGCAAAUCCUUCAUCGAAUAGCGGACGUGUUGAGGAUCGUCUUGAACUGACACGUUUGAAGAACUAUCAGAAUUCCUGGGCCAAAGACGUGUCUCGUGGACGCACACCGAAACCAUACAUACCACUAGCGCAAACAAAUCUCAGCGAGAAAGAUCACGUUCUAGAGUCGGAAGAGGGUCGUGCAGCCAUUUCCGCUGCUCGUCAGGAGGCAGCACUUGCAAAGGCUCUUCAAGAUGCCCAGUCGUUUCCUGCUUUACCAAGCAAUACACGACCUUCCAGCUCUUCCGCUCAAGCCCUGUCAAAUAAUCCAGCGACGUUCUGGGCGAACUGGACUCCGGCAUUCAAAGCUGCUGGAGCACCUUCAAAUCGAUUCAAUGAUACACCUCCGUAA